AUGACUGUACAAUCAAUAGAUGACCACAAUGAACAGCAAUUCCAUUUGGAUGGAAUCCUCAGUGAAUUGGGCAGCUUUGGAAAGUAUCAGCUGCUUCUUCUUCUGCUGCUGGCCUUUAGAGACUCCUUCUUGAAUAUGUGCAACUAUAACUUUGUGUUCACAGCUACUGAAGUACCGUUUAGAUGCAAUGUGUCACUGUGCGCGUCAACGCUUGGAAGUUUCAACUCUUCAUGGGCUUCCUACACUAUGUCGAACAGCUCGUGCCAUCGCCCAUUACUCUUAUUAACAUCAAAUUCCUCUUGCAGCCGUGCUACGUUUGACAGAAACAGAACAGUUCACUGCAACGAUAUUGUAUAUGAAAACUAUAACAGCAUUGUUGCUGAGUUUGACUUAGGAUGCCAACCUUGGAAGAGAACUCUUAUUGGAACAGUUCACAAUCUCGGCCUCGCCUUCUCUUUUAUUAUUUUGGGAAUUAUAUCGGACAGAUACGGACGAAAAGUAGUAAUCGUCGGAACACCUCUUAUAGUGGGUGCGGCUGGUCUCCUGAAAUCAGUAGCUAUUGACUAUUGGUUGCUCCUUACACUGGAGUUCAUAGAAACUGCACUCGGCUAUGGAAACGCUUCUUUGGUUUUAGGCAAGUUCUACAAAUAUUUC